AAAAAGAGAAACAACAAUUGUUGUUUCAAUGUGUCAUGCUUUUAUUCUAUUAUUAAUUUUUGUCUCAAUUAAAAUUUUCAACACGUAUCUAAUUCCUCUAGUGUUUUAAUUUAAUAAUAAAAAUGGUUACUUAAAGAAAAUUUUUUAGUUUAUGUUACUAUGAAAGUUUUUUAUGAUGUUUGGUGUUGUGAUCAUUAUUUUAUUAGUUAUUACUCUAAGUUUAUUUACUGUUUUCAAGAAUAACGCCAAGGAAAAACUUCUUCAAGAAACUGACAUAAAUCUUAAAAAUCUUCAACGACACUACUUGCUUUUUUAUUGUUUAGCAGCAUUUUCUGAUUGGUUACAGGGACCUUAUGUCUAUAGCCUAUAUAAAUAUUUUGGAUACAAUGAAGGUAAAGGAGGUAAAAACCGUAGACGUGGUAAGAAUGAAAAUGAAACCGAAAAACGUGAAUUAGUUUUUAAAGAAGAUGGUCAAGAAUAUGCACAAGUCACAAAAAUGUUAGGCAAUGGACGUCUAGAAGCCAUGUGUUUUGAUGGCGUAAAAAGGCUCUGUCAUAUUCGAGGAAAGCUUAGAAAAAAGGUAUGGAUAAAUCAAGGUGACAUAGUAUUGAUAGGUUUGCGUGAUUAUCAAGAUACAAAAGCUGAUGUUAUAUUAAAGUACACUCCUGAUGAAGCACGUAAUUUGAAAACUUACGGAGAAUUCCCUGAAACUGUUCGUAUCAAUGAUACAGUUACUUUUGUUGAUGAUGGUUUGGAUGAAGAUAUUGAGUUUGGAGAUGAUAUCAGUGAUGAUGAAGAUGUAGAUGCUGUUGAUAAUAUUUAAAUAAUAUUAUACUAGCACUAUUCCAAGUAUUUGUUAAGAUGGAGUUCUCAAACAAAUUAUAAUAAUUUACAUCAUCAUUAAUAAUACUUAUAUAAUAAAUAAAUGCUUAAUAUAAUAAAAAAAUAGUUUAUUUAU